AUGGCGACGAAGCGGGAGUACAGGAGGAUGGAGGUGGCUGAGGAGGGGGAGGAGCUGGACGAGGCGGAGUGGGCGCACCGUGCCGAGGCGCAGAGGCAGCGGCGCGGGCGGGGCCAGCGCUACGCCUUCAGCUGCGCGCUCUUCGCGUCCCUCAACGGCAUCCUCCUCGGUUACGGUCAGUCCAUGUUCCCUCUACAUGCUCCUCCUGCAUGGACUGCAAAUUGCCAUCGUUUUCUUUCCGAGGGAGAGGGACGAAAUUCAAUUUUUUUGCGCGCUGGGAGCCUGGGAUUCAACGAAUAG